UUGAUAUUUUCAGUUAUCCAGAUUUUUUGUAUAUAUUUUUGUUAUGGAUAAGAAAAAAAAAUACUUCUUGCUACCACACCAAUUUUGGCUGCAUCUGCAACCGUAGCUUUUGGCAAAAGAGGCAUAAGAAAGCAACGAAGGUUUUUUAGACGACCAGUAAACCAAAACCGCGAUGUCGAGGGAAAUUUUGCAACACUAAUCAAACAAAUGAUUGAAAAAGAAGAAGACAACAAUGAAUUCUUUAAAUAUUCGAGAAUGUCUUUUGAAGAAUUCAAGGAUUUAUUAAAAACAGUGGGGCCUCAUCUAGAAAAAACUUCAAAGCGAAAGGCUUUAUCACCAGCCCUUCGAUUAAUUAUUACAUUGCAUUAUUUAGCCGAAGGUUGUUCCAUGCAAGAAAUGGCAUGGAAUUACCGGAUUGGUAAAACAACAGUCCAUUGUAUCCUUAAGGAAACAACAGCAGUACUUUGGAAGGUUUUGCAACCAUUGGUGAUGCCACCACCUACAGUGGAUGCAUUAAAAAAAGUUGCAGAUGAUUUUUUGUUGAAAUGGCAAGUUCCUAAUUGCAUAGGAUCAAUCGAUGGGAAGCACAUCCAUAUCCAGACACCCAAGAAAUCCGGGAGCGAAUUUUAUAAUUACAAAAAUAUUUUCAGCAUAGUCCUGAUGGCUUCAGUAGAUGCUGAUUAUAAUUUUAUAGCUGUUGACAUUGGAACCUCAGGACGAAAUCACGACAGCACUGUGUUUCGCAACAGCGCAUUAGGAAGUGCAUUAUUAAAUGGAAUUCUUCCCAUUCCUGCACCAAAACCGCUCCAAGGGAGCAAUAUUGUGUUGCCACAUUUUGUUUUGGGGGAUGCUGCAUUUCCAUUGGCAGAAAACAUUAUGCGUCCUUACCCAGGACAAUAUUUAGGAGUGGAGAAAAACGUUUUCAACUAUCGUCUGUCAAGGGGAAGGAGAACAGUUGAAAACGCCUUCGGAAUAUUAUGCCAACGGUGGAGGAGUUUAAGAAAACCAAUUCUAGCAUCUACAGAAAUGGUUGAACAAUUUGUACAAAGUACCGUUGUUCUACAUAACUAUUUAAGAAGACAUCGGAAUGGUGGAAGUUAUUGCAGUCAGGCGUAUGGGGAUCAAAUUGGAGAAAAUGGGCGAAUUAUUGCAGGGCAAUGGCGAACGGAGGAAUUUUCCUUUAGAAGGGUGGGUCGAAUGGGCAGCAACAAUCCCGCAAGAAUGUUCAUAAGAAAUCGCGAUUUGUUAUGCAACUAUUUUAAUAAUGAAGGAGCGGUACCAUGACAAUUGGAAUAUGUUAUGCGACUAAAAUAAAAGACAUUCAA